AUGAAGCGCACUGAUUUCUCCCGCGACUCUUACCUCAACAAUCUCUUGAUCGCGAUGUAUGGCCGCCAUGGCAGCCCCGCGGACGCUCGCGACGUCUUCGACAAGCUUGGAGCUUCUGCCACUAUCUUCAGCUGGAACUUGCUCAUCACAGCCUUCGUUUCCAGCGCAAAGACCCAAGAUGCCGCGGCUGCUUUCUCGCGGAUGCCACAGCACGACGUUGUCUCGUGGAAUGCGGUUCUCUCGGCUUACACCCGAUCGGGAAGAACCCCAAUGGCUCGCCAACUUUUCGAUUCCAUGCCCCAGAGGAGCGUUGUGUCGUGGACAACGAUGAUCACAGCAUAUACCGAGUCUAGGCAUCUUGCCAAUGCAAAGGGUUCCUUCUACAAGAUGCCUCAGCAUAACAAGGUUACGUUUUGCGUAAUGUUGCAAGCUCUCACGCAACACGCUGGGUCUAGUCAAGCUAAAGUCUUGUUUGAUCGCAUGCAAGAACGAGAUAAUACAAUCUGGAACACCGUUCUCAACGCAUAUGCCUUGGAAGAAAGCCUUGAGCUUGCGGAAGAGAUCCUUGCAAAGAUGCCUCUACAGUGUAAGUUUUCAUGGACAAUUAUGCUCUUGGCAUAUGCCCGAGCCAGCUUACUCGACAAAGCGAAACAACUGUUUGAUGUCAUGGCCGAGAGAGACGUGGUUUCAUGGAACGCAGUGAUCCAGGCAAGUGCCGAGACUGGGCUUCUGGAGAAAGUUGCGAUACUCUUUGAUCGGGUGCCGCAAUGCAACAUGUCGUCAUGCAACUCGACGCUCGUAGCUUACGUCCAGUGCGGAUAUCUUGAUCAAGCACACAAACUCUUCGCGAGGAUCCCUGAUAGAGAUUUAGCGUCCUGGAGCAUCAUGAUCCUCGGGUGUGCUGGAAACCGGCAGGAGCGACUGGCACUGGAGCACUUCGGCGAGAUGCUGCUUGAGGGGAUCAAGUGCGACGAGAUCACGAUGCUGGGGGUCUUGUCAGCGUGCAAUCACUUGGGUCUAAUCCAGGAAGGAGUGAGCUACUUUGUGAUGAUGGUGGCAGAGCUCGGGAUUGAUCCGUUCGUGGAGCACUUCAGCAGCCUAGUGGAUCUUCUCGCGAGAGUCGGGCAGCUGAGAGAAGCUCACGACUUGCUGAGAAACAUGCCGUUCGUGCCGGACCCAGCGGCGUGCUGCUCCAUGCUGGGCGCUUGCAGGACUCACGGCGAUGUGGAGCUGGGAGCUUACACGGCUGCAAACGAGGAGUUUGGGAUCGAGCCACACCAUCCAUCGCCAUAUCUCUUGCUCUCGAGCAUGAAGCACUGA